CCCCCCACCGCGGGACACUGCGGCCCGCGGGUGGGACAGCGGGACAGUCCCCAAAAAACGGGACUGUCCCGCGAAAAUCGGGACAGUUGGGAGGUAUGCUCCAGAGUAGCAGGAGACCUACUGAGACUGUAAUCCGAGCACAGCCCUAGCAUACAUGGGCACACAGCAAAGCAGAGCAUUCUGGGAAUGCUGCUGAUACAGGAAAUCAGUGCAGCUCACACUGAUUUCAGUUUAAAAGCUGCUCUGUGGAUUUAGGUUGUCUACUGCCACAAAGGAAUAUAUCUGAUAUGCAUAUUGACUACAAGCUCCUGAAAAACUUGGACACAGGGUAAGAAGGAAAAACUUUGAGCAAAAAGGAAUAUCUCAUUGUGAUCUUCUGCUGGAAGAGGAACUGUUUCAAGGAUAUGAGCAGAUUUUUGGGGAAGGUAUUUCGGAUGAAGAUGCUCCGUGCAUCAUGCGCUUUUCUUGUCCUUCUCCUCUUCCUCCUUGGUGCCAUGGCUGCUCUGCUCCCGACUGCUCAUGAAGGCCCUAUAUUGGGUGUCCGACGGGGAAUGUCUCUUCCUAUUUCCUCUGCCCUAAGCUCUUUCACUCUCAUAAUGCAAACGUAUAACAGGACUGACUUGUUGCUCAAAAUGUUGAACCAUUACCAGGCCAUGACACAGCUUCACUGCGUGAUUGUAGUGUGGAAUAAUGUAGGACAGGACACUCCACAGGAGCUAUGGGAGAGUCUGGGGCCCCAUCCUGUGCCCGUCUACUUCAAGAAACAGGGUAGUAAUCUAAUGAGGAACAGACUGCAGAACUUUCCAGAGAUAGAAACCCAGGCUGUUCUAAUGAUGGAUGAUGAUACUCUUGUUAGCGCAUACGACAUCUCCUUUGCCUUCUCCGUCUGGCAGCAAUUUCCAAGUCAGAUUGUGGGUUUUGUACCCAGGAAGCAUGUGGUAUCACCCUCGGGAAUACUCAGCUAUGGCAGCUUUGAAUUACAGGCUCCUGACACUGGGCAUGGUGACCAGUACUCAAUGAUUCUCAUUGGGGCUGCAUUUUUCCACCAACAUUAUCUGCAGCUUUUCCAGGAACUACCUGCUCCGAUCCUUGACAUGAUAGACAAGACACAGAAUUGUGAUGAUCUCACAAUGAACUUCUUGGUGGCAAAUUAUACAGGAAGGGCAUCUGGUGUUCUGGUAAAACCUGUAGACAUGAGGAAUUUGGAGAAGGAUGCAGGAAGUGGGUACACAGGGAUGUGGCAUCGGGCAGAGCACCUGCUGCAGAGGUCGUACUGUCUGAACAAGCUGACUGAAAUGUAUGGAAAGAUGCCUUUGGUAUAUUCCAAUAUAAUGAUCUCACAGUUUGGUUUUCCAAACUAUGCCAACCACAAAUCUAAGGUAUAGAUAUUAAGUAAUGGAUUCUGUCCAAAUUUGUCCUAUAAAAGACAUGUUUGUAAGAUUUUA